AUGUCUCAUUGUCUCUACUCUCUCUCUCUCACUGUCUCUUCCUCUCACCCAACAGUCGCCCCGGUGUGCCAGGAGGACCAGCGUCAGGAGUACGUGGCCCCGAGAGGAGGCUCCGUCACUAUCGCCUGCAGCGUCGUGGCCUACCCGGCCUCCGUCACCUUCUCCUGGGCCAUCAAGAGGACUCCAGAGAGUCAGCCUGUGAGACUACACAGCGUGGGACGGAAGGAGGGAUUGACUGGGCACUACACGCUGACCCGUGUGGAGGAGGAGAGUGUUGAAGUGUGGUGCUGGGCGCAGAACACUGUCGGUGCUCAGACCGCCCCCUGCAAGUUUACCGUCUACACCCAGGGUCGCCCCGGCCCGGUACACAGCUGCAGAGUGACCAACCACACAGCCCACGGCUUCAUGAUACACUGUGUCUCCGGCCCACUGAGGAGUGUCAACACCCAGUACACACUGCUCGUCUAUGCUCAGAAGCAGGAGAGUAGCCGGGGUGGGAGCGAGGAGAGCAGCAGCAGUAGCACAAGCAGGAGCAGCAGCAGUAGUAGAGGGACGCAGCAGAAGAAGGAAGGAGGCGGAGGGGCAGUUCACACGCUGGGCCAGUUAGUCCGGAACACCACCACCACCUCCCCAUUCUUCGU